UUUAAUGUGUCAAAUUAAUAGUCUUCGUUGUUCGUUUUGUUGUAGACAGAAUGUAAUUGAAUCCAAAAAGUUUUCAGUUAUCUAAAGAAUGUUUUUGUGUUCAUGAAAAACGAAAAUAAUUCAAUAUGUUGGUGUUAUGUCUAGAUUAUUUAUAGAAUCAUCGUGUAUCCGUUAAGUGUGUUGAUAUGAUAACAUCUCGUUUGUAGAACAUUAUUGAAAUUUUUCAUGGUUGAGUCAUGAACGAAGAAGAUCAAAAUAAUUCAGCGGAGGAAGGAGCCUCUUCAGUGUGCUCACCCAAACCUCUGGCAUUCACUAUUGACUUUGGAGAGGGUAAAAGCAUAGACUUACAUCGACAUAAAACCCUUGUAGAAAAAUAUAAAAACAGACAUAAGAGAGGUCAAUCUUUAUCUAAAAUAGAAACCAAAACAGAAAGUAUAGUACAGAAAAAACACCCUUCAAGUGGUAACUUACCCAGAAAAUCUAGUUUUCAAUCUGAUGGCUAUUUCUCUAGUGAUGAAAAAAGUGAUAAAACUAAAAUAAUUAAGGGAUCUUUGAAACGGGACCUUUCUCUUCAGCUCAAAAGCGCUAGUACUAACAAAAUGACUCAGUCUUUUCCUAGUUCAAUUUUGAGUGACAUUGUCAGUCCGGAAAUUGAAAUUAAGGAUACUUCGAGUCCUGAGUUGGAUUUGAUCAGUCCUAUAAGUCCACAACGUAAGGAAGAGUUACCUUUAAGCUCAAACAAUAGAAAAGUGAAUUUUUCCCGGCAACAUUCUAGUCCUGAAAGUGCAACACAAAAUGACCUUAAAGUAGUUGAUUUAGAAGAUGAGAUUUUCGUAGAUGGUGCAGAGUUUGAUUUUGACAGAUCUGAUACUGUGAGUGAUGCAGGUACAUAUACUUUAGAUGCUGAAAAUUAUUCUGAAGCUCAAAAACUGAGAAUGAGUAUAGAUAGGGAAUUUAAAAUUGAACAUAUGUCAGGUAUAGAGAAAACGCAAGAGUACAUUAGGAGCCUUGCCAAUUUUGAUAACUACAUGGAGAAUAACAAUAAAGCAAAGUCUCCAUUGUUAACUCCAAAGGUUUGUACUGAUAAUAAACUGACUUUGGAAGUUUCUCCACCUCAAAUCAAGUCGCAGGUAAAUAGUGAAAAACUGCUGUCUCCUAUUUUAUCCCCUACUCAAAACUUAUCAAUUACCGAAAGCAUUAAAUCGAAAAAAUCUGAUGAAGUCUAUCAAAUGAAUCAAACUUAUUUGAAAACUGAAAAAACGAAAAAACCUGACUCUGAAGCGGUUUUAGAUCGUGGUAGUGUGAUUUCAGUGACUUCUAGUGGGGUCUUUAGGACAACACCUAAAGAACCCGAGAGGACCCGCUUUAGAAAACUAAGUUUAACAAAGUCUGAAAUACAAGUGGAGGAUUACAUUGAUGAUAACAAUAGGAGCAAGCUUACACCAACCCAUUUCAGUUACAAGAAAGUAGUUACGCCUAAACUUUCAGCUAAUCUAAUCAAUGUCCAGAAUAUUUCGAUUAAAAGCAAAGAUAUGGAAGACGCUUCAGAUGUGGAAGAGGUGAGAAGUGACAAUGUUCCAUAUCUUCCUCCUGCUAUUGGUGGCUUAUCCGGAAACAGUUCUCCAUCGAAAAUACCAUCUCCUAUACAUACCCUGUCGAGACCCAGAAGCAAGAAUAGUUUAAGUUAUCAAAACAUCGAUUUGUCAGAUAGUAGUAUAGAAACUGAAUCUUACUUGAAAUCAACACAAAGCUGUAUAAACUCACUACAAAAACGCCUUUCAUUAGAUAGUGAUCCAGAUAGUGACUUGGAUAAUAAGUAUGAAAUUGCUUUAAAUAACACUGCACAGAGUUUGUUGAAACAAAAGACUUCACACACCCGUCAUAACUCUCUAGAUGGCAGGGCCAUUAAAAUUUCCAAUAAAUUGGAGCAUUUCCAAUCGAAGAAUUUGCAAGGUAUUGAUCAAACAUACAUAAACAAGUUUAAUCAAUCUAGUGUUGCCCAGGUGAUGCAAAAAAUACAAAACUCGCCCAACAACAGUCCGAUCAGGAGAUCUAGCAGCUUUUCAACGAAAAAUCAGGUCAAUUCGAGUAACAAGAACACGAAUAUCCAUAACGAGUUCAAUUAUAACGAGCUCGGGCAGAAGAAUGUAUCGCCUGUUUAUUUGAAGUCGGUGAUGCCUCAGAAACCAACCAUAAUUCUAGAUCACCCGAAAAUUGAUAGGAAUAAGUUUGGUGAUACGGAGUCCAGUUCUGAGGAGGAUUUCGAGAAGAAUUUGGGGAAGAAAAAAGACACUUCAUUGACGAAAACUAGAUACAACCGCGCUUUUAGCUUACGAAGAGGACGGUUGGAUUCAGAACCUUCGAAUUCUUCAGUUAAAUGUCCCAAUACGCCGGAAGUAAGGAGGAAAUUCAUGCCAGAAAGGACGGAACGUGCAAUAUCGGUCGAUAGGAAACCUACAAGGACUGACAUUCAGAGUAGAUACAUGAGUAAUAUUACGAAGAAGAUCAGUUCGCCAAAAUUGAAUGUGCAGAAAAAUGUGCCAAAAACACUGCCUCUUACCCCUAAACAGCCAGUUUCUAAGGCCCAAAUUAUGUCAAGGACAGAUAGUGGUAGAUUUAGUAUGAGAGUAGGUAAAGGACCAAUAGUUCAGAAGAGUCCGAAGGAUAUUGCUACAGCAAAAAAAUCUGGAGGUCGAAGUAACUCGUCACUUACGAGCAGGGAAGUUGACUUUCAGAACUGGAAGCGACGGAAAAGCUACGACCCGAUCAAGGCUGCGGCCGAAGGAAAACGAAAGGAAAUGGAAAAGAGACAAGGCGUCAUGACUCAAAGUUACAACGAAAAAAAUCACACCUACGAUUGCGACAGUUCCCCCUCUCAUUCCAGCUCUGUUCACAGAUCUCAAAGUUUUCAUGGUACGGCAGCUAUGGAGCAAUUCAUCAGUUCCGAGGAAGAUGACAUGACGCUGUCAGCCGACGAGGGUUUCAGCCCCCCCACCCCUAGUCCAUGCGAACUCAGCCCUGCGAGAAUGAGCUUGAGGAACACUUGCAGAGAACGCAUUCUCCAUUGAGGUUUUAUGUAGAAUCAAUUUUAUAUCGAUUAUUUUCUCAAAAGUAAUUUAUGCGCUUGGUCGCAUGUUCACAAUUCUGAGGGAAUGGAGCUCUUAUAUAGAUAUUAGACAGAAGGUUUAUUGUUUGAGAUCAGAAACACAAAAUAUCAUCGUAAAAUUGUCUCAACAUGUUAAAUAUUUGGUUGAAAUUCGCUUCAUCCCCUGUGAUUGUAUUCAUUAAGUGUAGAAAAUUCUGAUAUUCUUUAUUACGGGAGCUUUAUUACGGAUAUGGUGGGUGAUAGUUUACUUGAAAAUCACAUUUUUUAUGGCAGCUAUAAUAUCAUAGUAGUCCAGACUAAGGCAGAAACUAGGGGUAGAUUUGCUGAAUUAUUUUUUCGUGUUUCUUAUCGGUGUCGAUAUUCAAAAGUAUGUUCUAUACGAUUCUGCAAUUAAAUUAUUACCUACCUGAAUCUGUGCAUGUUACAAAGUAUUAAUGUUGAAUAUAUACCGUUAGCAUUAUUUUUAUUGCCUGAUGUUCUAUUUAUAUCCAUUAAAUUAUUAUUAAUUAAUUAUUAUUGAAACGCACAUAGCUCUAUGUAACCAAGAUUCAUGACUUGUUCUCGAAAAUUCAAUAAAAUCGUCGUGGUGGCAUGUUUUGAAAGUUG